GAGACGCAACAAAGAGCGACAGUAGUGGGCCUCGCUAUCAGCGUGGCUCACUAUAGCUUUAAGAACUUAAAAUAGGGCCUGGGUCUUUAAAAUGAAUUUUGGAGUUAUUAUAGAGAUGAUAGACUAAGUUUUCUAUUUGUACGACUUACAUAUCCGCACUAAAUUUGCCAAAAGAAGUAAGAGCGUCCAUUGAAAUAUGUUUGACAAUCGGAUCAGGGCCGUAAGCAACCCAACAUUUUUCAUAUUUUAUGCCUCCUGUUUAUUUCAAGCUAUGUUUCAUUUCGUUGAGAAUUCUUGAGGCGUCCUGAAGUAAGAGAAAACAACUUUAGCAGUGAUGGAGCCGCAGCUCUCGAAUAACAAAGAGGAGGUGGAGAAUGAGACGGCCAUGGAGAAAUCCGCGGGGCAGAGUACCGCAUCCACCCCGUGCAGGGCAUCCAGAGGACGCGGGGACGGGUGCUUGAAGACCGAAGUGACUUGCCCACCCGAAACAAACGGAGCUGCGACGAGCGUGGCAGGUUCCGGGCGGGUUUUACGUGACAGGUCAACGAGAACGAUUCCUGUGUGGAGGCAGAGCGAUAUCGGGGAGGACCGGGAUGAAGCCACACGCGAUGCUGCGGCGAAUCGCCGGAGGAAAGCGAAAUGCCCACGGCGCAGGAAGAGCGCAGCAGCCGCCGCAGGUUCAUCGGAUGCGGGCAAAGAGUGCGGCGGCGACUGCGACCUGCCGGAUGAGUUUGAAGAAAACAAGGAUGCGCUGGUUAAUCGAGCGGCCCGCGGCAGACGGGUGCAGGUGCGCUCAGGGGCCCGCACCUGCCGGGGCUCGCCUAGGACUGUGUUUAAAAUUGAGCCAGAAAUGGACAUUGACUAUGUGGAGGCCAAUAAAGCGGUCGAAAAGACAGGAACAAGUGUGGAGAAAAAGGAAGAGGAGAGCAUGGAUGAUGAGGUCGUUGUAGAAGAGGAAGAGGGUCAAUUUCUGGAUGAUCCAAAAGAUGAAAACUACCUGCCCCAUUCACAUAGUGAGGAAGAGGACAUCAUCAGCAGUGAUGAAGAUGUCCCUUUUAGAGAUGACCUGAAUGACCAGAGCUAUGAUCCUAAGGAUUUUCCGAAGUCGAGGCGCAGACCCCCAACCAGACUGAAGGAGAAGAAAGACAAGGCUGCAGUGCCAGAGACUGCAACAGAGCAAGAGACAGAGAUCAAAACUGAGGGAGGGGAGAGCACAGAUGUGCAGACUGCUGCUGAAGUUGAGGAAGGUGCCGAGCCACCCAGGAAAAGAGGGCGAAGAAAGAAAGAUGAUAAAAGUCCUCGUCUUCCUAAGAGAAGGAAAAAGCCGCCUGUGCAGUAUGUGCGUUGUGAAAUGGAAGGAUGUGGUACAGUGCUGGCCCAUCCGCGCUACUUACAGCAUCACAUCAAAUACCAACACCUGAUGAAGAAGAAGUACGUCUGCCCUCAUCCCUCAUGCGGACGACUCUUCCGGCUGCAGAAACAACUACUGCGGCAUGCCAAGCACCACACCGAUCAGAGAGACUAUAUCUGUGAGUUCUGUGCUCGUGCCUUCAAGAGCUCUCACAACCUGGCUGUGCAUCGAAUGAUACACACCGGAGAGAAACCACUGCAGUAAGUC